GCAGAUGAGCCCCAAUGAACAGCAGCCGGGUCCUCUUUCAGAUCGACACACACACACGCUGACACACACCACGCUCCACAUCCCACACACACAAAUGCCAGGACACUCAUACACAUGCAAUCCAAUAACGAGAGCACCGCCAGUCCGAGCUGCCUGCCGCUGCCGGUGGCAGCCCUCACCGCUUCUCCGAGCCACAGAGCCGAGAGCCCGCUGUGAGAGGAGCUCCUGCUGCCUUCCUCACACAAAGGACAGGAGAGCAGAGAGCACAGAGCCGGACUCCUCAUCUGGGAGGCGGUAGAUAAUUCAACAGCAGUGCUGCGAGGAGGAGAGACAGACAGGAGGGAAGGUGAGUGAAUGCAGUCCAGUCCAGCUGCUGUUGCUGCUGCCGCUGCUGCUGCUGCUGCUGCUGGAGGAGGAGGAGGAGGAAGAAGAGGAGGAGGAGGAAGCUCAGUGUCUGUAGAGGCUGGAGGAGCAACAUUAUCCUGCACAGAACCACAGUCAGAGCAGACGGCCAGCAGCGAUCAGAGCACCUCCAGGCUUGCAGAUGUGGAAGGAGAGCUGUGCAAGUUCUAGUCCUGGGUGUCUGGCCCAGUGAUUCAGGAGCAGGGGGAAGCAGUGGAAAGCAGGGCCAUGGGGGCGAGCCUGGGCCAGGAUAUAGGCUGGCUCCCGCCUUUCCUGUUCUUGCUACUGAUGAUCACAGUGUCACCCACCCAGGGGCAAGGUUGUCCCCAGCGUUGUGAGUGCAUUGCAAAACACAAGACUGUUUCCUGUUACGGUAAACGCCUGUCCGCCCUCCCAGAUGGCAUCCCGCUGGACACCAAGAUCCUGGACCUGAGUGGGAAUAAACUUCGCUGGGUAGAGCACGGGGACAUGCUUCCAUACUCACGUCUUGAGAAGCUGGACCUGAGCGAGAACAUGAUCAGUGUCCUGGAACCGAACGCCUUUUCUAGUCUCCAGAACCUGCAGUUACUUUCACUGAGGGGUAACCAAUUAAAACUGGUCCCCAUGGGGGCUUUUUCUCGUCUCUCCAACCUAACAACAUUGGACCUCAGUGGGAAUAAGAUUGUAAUUCUUUUGGACUUUACUUUCCAAGACUUAAAAAGUCUGAAAAACCUUGAGGUUGGAGACAAUGAUCUAGUUUAUAUUUCCAACAAGGCUUUUUUGGGUUUAGUGGGGCUGAAGGAGCUGACCAUCGAGAGGUGCAAUCUGACGUCUGUGUCCAGCCAGUCUUUGUCCUACCUGCAUAACCUGGUGACUCUGCGGCUCCGCUACCUCAGUAUCUCUGCUUUAGAGGACCAGAACUUCCGUAAGCUGGGGAACCUGAGGGGCCUCGAGAUCGACCACUGGCCCUUUUUGGAGCACAUUUCCCCUCACAGCCUGCAGGGUCUUAACUUGUCUUGGCUGUCUAUCACCCACACUAACAUCACCUCUGUGCCCACCUCUGCCCUACGCAGUCUGGCUCACCUCACAAGCCUCAACCUGUCCUACAACCCUAUCUCUGUGCUGGAGUCCUGGGCGCUGCGGGACCUUGUCAGGCUGAAGGAGCUGCACCUGGUCAACACAAACCUGAUGGUAGUGCAGCCAUAUGCGCUGGGUGGUCUAAGACAAAUCCGCCUCCUUAACCUCUCCACUAACAGCCUGGUGUCCCUGGAAGAGGGAGCCUUUCAGUCUGUCAACACUCUGGAGAUGCUGCGCUUGGAUGGGAACCCUCUGGCCUGCGACUGCCGCUUGCUAUGGAUCCUACAGCGCAGGAAGACCCUCAAUUUUGACGGUGCCUCCCCAGUGUGCAUGACGCCGGUGGAGGUGCAGGGACGAGCUCUUAACGCUUUCUCUGACUCAGCUCUCUUUGAUCACUUUACCUGCCAGAAGCCCAAAAUCCGCAACAGGAAACUGCAGCAGGUAUCAGCCCGCGAGGGGCAGGUUGUGUCAUUCAUUUGCAGAGCAGAAGGCGAGCCGACACCAGUUAUAUUCUGGAUCUCUCCUCAACGCCGCCGCAUCACCACAAAGAGCAGCGGACGCCUGACUGUGUUACCAGAGGGCACGUUAGAAAUUCGGUACGCUCAGGUGACAGACAGUGGAACCUACAUCUGCAUAGCCAGCAAUGCUGGUGGAAAUGACACCUAUUUUGCCACACUUACAGUUAGCGGGCUGCCACUAGAUGCAGCCCUAAUGGCCAACCGCACAUACUAUGCUGGGGACCUUAAUGACACAAAUCUGAAUGACACCAGAGUCUUCCUGAAGUUUACUCUGGACCUCAAAACCAUCCUCAUAUCCACAGCUAUGGGCUGUAUCAUGUUCCUGGGGGUAGUUCUCUUCUGUUUCAUUCUGCUGUUUGUGUGGAGUCGAGGAAGAGGGCAGCACAAGAACAAUUUUUCAGUGGAGUAUUCCUUCAGAAAGGUGGAUGGACCCGCUGCCAGCGGAGGACAGGGUGGGGCACGCAAGUUCAACAUGAAAAUGAUUUGAUUAUUCGGAUCUGUUCCUCUCAUUAAUAUUCUUCCACUGAUUCUGUUUACAAGCAGUCUCAAGCUAAAGGGACGAGACGCUGGAGUGGAGCUUUGUGCUCGCAGAACAUUAAAUACAGUUAUUUAUAGGACAUUUUAUCUAGACAAGGUUUUGUUAUUGAAGCUACUGUAUAUAUGAGGAAAAAUGAAAUCUGCAUGGAUUUGAUACAUUUCUAUCGCUUUGUUGUGUGUUCACAUUAUUGUGCAGAGGAAACGUGGAUUGUAAAGGUAUAAAGAUGUCUCAGAAUCUUGAAUAGACUGUUAAAAGACCAAGCAACAAAAGCACUCACAGUCCCAGCAGUCUUUAACCUCGACAAAACUUUUGCCAACUCCGUCCUUCUUCCCGACAAGGAACUCCGUCCUCUUCAUCUUUAAAGGACGUCACCUCUCAGCUCCAUCUGAGGUGAUUCAAGCUCUCUAUCUCUAAACUCAUGAAUACAUUACAACAGGGUGGUGCUCAGUGAAUGCCAAGGACUUGCCAAUAUGUAUUUGAAUAGUUCCAGCUAUAUACUGCAUAUUUAGACUUAUUUACAGUCAGGACUUUAGAGCACUAUUGUGACAGACAUAUAGAGGCUCUGCUUUUUUUUCUGAUGGUGGAUUUGUACAGAAUACAUUAGACACCAAGAGACUCUGCAACACUGCCAAUUUGACCGUAAAGCACCAUGUAAUGUGGUAGAGAGAACCUGCUUCUCAUUGGAUACCACUAAAAGUUGGUCAAAGCUGUUUUAAACAGGACUCUACAGGAUAAGCUACAAUUAGAGGACCCAGUGCACAUUCAUGUGGUGACAAAUCAGUUCACGCAGACGCACCCUUCGCUAGUUUACCAUUGUUUAUUCACACACUGCAAAAGACGUACCCCCCUGAUCUGAAACGAACUGUGUAAAAGACGAAGGCGUGUACAGAGUUGGCUUCUUACUUUAAAUAAGGUGUAUUAUUUGUAAAUUGGGGUGCAUUCAUCCCACAGUUGACUAGCUCAUACUGUAUAGGUAGGAUAUACACUGUAUAAGAUGUAUUAUAUAUUUUGUAAUCACUGACAUUGAAAUCCUUGUGGUUGUUUAUAGUACUGUUGAGUGAUCAUUUUUUCUGCUCUACUGUAGUUCCACUGUUAAAGUCUCUUUUUCCAAAUCCAGUCUCACCUGCUCAUGUCAUCAGAUGCCUGAGCCCACGCUACAAAUCAGGAAGGGUCGUUUUACAUCAGGUUUCAGUUCACUUGCCUUUUUUGGGCUGUAAGUGACAAUGGGGAGGAUUGGCUGAGCAGUAGGGGGGGAGGUGUUAAGUGGGUUCCCCUCAGGACCUUGAUGUAUUUGAGACAUGCGGGGGAAAUGCAAAUGUGAGAAAGAAACUUGUCGACAAAGGUCAUAAUGAAACUGAGCCAGAGAGGAGAGAAAGUCCAGGACAUUGCCACUAUAAUACAAAGGGCUGGAUGCUAAGUUAGAACUAUAUAUGCCUCCUAUGAUAGCUGUAUAGCAUUUUGUAAAAGUUUAAGUAGAAGUGGUUAUGAAGGUGAUUUCGAAUUGUUUAAAUACAUAUAUAUGUGAAUACAAUUUCUACUACAUAGAAUGUAAGUCAGUGUUUUUGGUUCGUUAAAGUAAUAACCUCACAGAUUUGCAUUUAAAUACUUGUAAAUGUCUGUUAACAGAAUACUUCAACCACAAAAUGACCGUUUGUGUUUUAAUUACUCACCGUGUUAGCUUUCUUGCAUGCCUCCUCGGUGACAGAGAAUCCAAAGAUGAACCCGGGGUCAUCAGGUGUUUCAGGUCUUAACUUCAGACACCCUCAUCCUGGCGAUCCAGCCGGGGAUGAUCAGGCCCCGACACUCAUCACCCCUCUUAAUCCAAAGCCAACGGGAAGCCUUUUCAGUGGCUUCCAAGAUGUUCUUGAUAGCUCUUUGUUGCUGCUGUCCGUGGAUCCCUAAGAGUCCCAGGACCUAGUGUAGACAUCAGCCAGUGGGCCUCCCAUCCCUGCCUUCGACACUCUGCCACCAGAGAUGCAUGCUCCAUCCUGUCUACCCAGGGGACAGACAUCAGGACCAUAUCAAGCCUGAAUGUUGUGGCUGUGAUGGUGUCCAGGAACUUCAGCUGCCUACCUAGAUCAACCAGGACCUGCCAAUCUCUUGCUGUUGAGAGCAGACUGUCCAGGGCCUAUGUUCGGGUUGAGGCUGCAGUAUAAUCCAAGUCUCAUUUAUCCAGUUGUAUACUCAGUACUUCCCAAACACAUUCAUUUUCGCUGAAAUGUUACAUUAUAUAAACACUUCCACCAACAAGUAGCUCGCCCAGGAGUUGUUGACAAAAUCAUGGAUUUUUAUUGAACAAAAAAAUGCAUGAAAAAUUACAAAACAAGAAAUGAACAACUGGGCCCAUAAAAGAGGUCGCCAUAACAUAACUAUACUCAAUAUAAUAACUAAACAAGGUGUUGACCGAACAAACUGACCUGACUGAGCAUUUGUAGUGGCUUGGCCAAACCAAAUAAUACACAAGUAACAAAAAUGGACGGCAACUUCAACUAAAUACAAAGCAAAACUAGCCAAACCCAAAUCCCCCCCAUGACAUGGCAGCACAUGGUUUGGUCCAAUGAGUUGGCUCCAGGAUUUAAGAGUCCUCAGCCUUCAGCGACACCUUUCGCUCCACCAGGAACGGACCCCCCAAAUAACCACAGUUGUUUUGCUGUUGUUAAAUACACACCCUGAUUACUUCAAUUCAUGAAGAAUGUUCGCCUUUUUUGGA